AAAAAAAAAAAAAAAAAAGGGUUUGCAAUUUGAACGGAGUGAGGCGCUGUUAGUUACAACUGUAACAGCUAUCGCCUGCGAAAAUAGGCGCCAAGAAAGAGCCACGCGCGAAAAGCGGCCGCACUAUAAAUAAGCCCACUCUCUGAGCUCUUCGAGUAGCUUCUCCUCUCUCUCUCUCUCUCUCUCUUUCUCUCUCUCUCUCUCUCUCUCUCUCUCUCCCCACUAGAUUCUCUCCCUCUCUCCCCGCACCUCUUCCAUGGCGACAAGUAACCUAGGGUGCGUGGUGGUGGCCGUCGACAGCAGAGAGGAGAGCAUGAAGGCCCUCCGCUGGGCCCUCGACAACCUCCGCCUCGGCCCAGCCGCCGCCGGAGCCGCCGCCGCCGAUCCCGGGUUCCUGAUCAUCCUCCACGUCCAACACCCUCUGUCCAUCGCCACGAGCCUCAACCCGGGCUCCAUCCCCUCCGGCGGUCCAAGCGAUGUCGAGGCGCAUCAGCAGCGGACCACGGACGCGAUCUUUAAGCGUGCCCUGGAUAUGUGCGCCGAUAGAAACGUGACUGUGAGAACCGAAGUGAUGAUCGGCGAUCCGAAGGUCAUGAUCUGCAAGGCCACUGUAACCUUGUACGCCGACUUACUGGUGAUCGGGCGUCAUUCGAUCAGACCGAUCAGUUGGAUGUUCUUAGGAAGUGUAAGCAAGUACUGCGUCAACCAUGUGAGCUGCCCUGUUCUCGUGAUAAAGGGAAUAUGACCUUAUUCUCUACCGUGUUUGCUGUUGUUGCUCUAGCUUUUGAACUAAGAGUGCAUCUACCAUUGACUGCCAUUGAAAUUUUUGCAUAGUCUGUGAUUUUCUCUGCCGUUACCUUCUUUUCCUAUAUGGAAAUUGCUAUAGCUACUAGAUUUGAGUUGCACUGCGAAGUUGUAGAGGUUUUGAAGGGAGUUGGGACCAAGAACUAUUUCCUUCUUCGAGAAAUUUCUGUGUAGCAUGUCGUCCAUUGGUGUAACAACAGCGGUUCUUGUACUUGUCAAUAAAUAGGGUAUAUACAUAUGA